AUGGGAGGAGGAGGAGGAGAUGGAGGUCUCCUCUCAGGUGAUGAGAAGCAAACCAUGCAGAAUCUUAAUGACCGCCUUGCUAACUAUUUGGGCAAAGUCCAUGCUCUUGAAGAGGCAAAUGCUGAGCUAGAACUCAAAAUCAAGGAAUGGUAUGCCAAAUUCAGCACUCCUGACACUGAUCGAGAUUACAGCAAGUAUUUUAACCUCAUUGAAGAUCUUCGGAACCAGAUAAGUCGACAUACAAUUGAGAAUGCUGGAAUUGUAUUACAAGUUGAUAAUGCUCGACUAGCUGCUGAUGAUUUCAAACUUAAGUAUGAAAAUGAGUUGUUCCUACACCAAAGUGUGGAGAGUGAUAUUAAUGGCUUACGCAGAGUCUUGGAUGAUUUAACCAUGAGUAAAUCAGAUCUAGAGUUGCAGAUUGAGAGCCUGAAUGAGGAACUUCUCUACCUGAAGAAGAACCAUGAAGAGGAAUUGAUGAGUUUCAGAGGAGCGGUCAGUGGUGAUGUCACCGUGGAAAUGGAUGCUGCUCCUGGAGUUGACUUAACUAAACUUCUGAAUGACAUGAGAGCCCAGUACGAAGAACUUGCUGACAAAAACCGGAGAGAAGCAGAAGAACAGUUCAACAAGCAGGUUGGCGCAUUGAGGCAAGAGAUAUCUGCCAAUGUGGACCAGUUGAGUUCAAGCAAAAAUGAAGUUACUGAACUAAGGCGCACCAUGCAAGGCUUAGAACUGGAGCUUCAGGCUCAGAUUGCUAUGAAACAAUCCCUUGAAGGCACUUUAGCAGAAACAGAACAAAGUUACUGUGAUCAGCUUGGUCAAAUACAGAUGCAGAUCAGUAAUUUUGAAGAACAACUUCUGCAGAUCCGGUCAGAUAUGGAAAACCAAAGUGCCGAAUAUCAGCAACUGUUAGGAAUAAAGACACGUCUGGAACAGGAGAUUGAAACCUACCACCGCUUAUUGGAGGGAGAAGCGGGGUAAGGAAUUUGCAAAUAUGUAAUUGAAAAAAAAAUACAUUCUUAGAAUAGAGUAAGAU